UUAAAUAUUCUGUCACUUGUUAAAUAUUGGCAUGAAGUAACACAACAGAACACAGACGUUUCAUGGGGUUUGUGUUGAGGCACCUUCAGGUGGUGGUGACGCAGCCCGGUGGGCGUGGUUAAAGUGACCUCACCUGUCGCGCAGGUAAUUUAUCUGCGACAACAAAGAGGCACUAAACACGGAAGUCAUUUGUCCUCGAGGAGCAAAGAAACAAUAACGAGAGUCCAACAUCUUCGAGGUUUUUUCACAGAGACCCGAUUUAUUCCUGUUCAGUUUGAGGUCCAGGUCGUCAUCAUGAAGAUGAAGCGGGUUCGGUCCAGUCUGGUGGCUCUUUGCGUACUCGUCUGUUCUGGUCUGGCUCUGGACUGUGAGCUGGACCAAGUCUCGGAUUAUGGUCUGAACAUGAUCUUCCUUGAGUCCGGGCGGCUCACGGAGAAGAAUGUGUCCGACUCGGAAGGCUGCAAGGCGGCGUGCUGCGACCAGCCGGACUGUGACUUGGCCCUGGUGGGUCACCCGUCGGACGGAGGGCCGCAAUGCUUCCUGGUGGACUGUCGGCACCGGAACGUCUGCGUCCUACAGGAAAACAAACAGUUCAGUGUUUACCGCAAGAAGGGGAACGGAGAGGCCGGCGGAGAGGCGACAGAAGGCGGGGAGAGAGUCCACAUCGCCCCGCUGCUGGAGCUGAAGGAGGAACCGAAGGACGAGGAGAGCAACAACAUUCGUUGUCGUCUGCCGCCGAAGGUCGGCUCAUGUCGGGCCUCCUUCCCCAAGUUCUUCUACAAUGUGACCAAUCAGAGCUGCCAGAAGUUUGUGUACGGUGGCUGUGAGGGCAACAACAACAAGUUUGACACUCAGGACGAGUGUGAGACCGUCUGCAGUGGCAUCUCAGGUCCAGUUCUUCCUGUUGACUCAACUCCUCCUCCUCGAAUUCCUGUCAAAGCUGCUCGCAUGGUCCCUGUUUUCAACACAGAUGUGUCUCAGGAUGAUGAAGCUCCAGUUGACUCUGAGCCUGCUGCUACAGAGAUUGUUGAAGUUCAAGAGAAAGAAAUGACGGCUGAAAACUUUGCUGAGCAUUGUGGGGCGGAGCCUGAAGUGGGUCCCUGCCGAGCGUCCUUUCAGCGCUGGUACCACGACAGAAAGAAAGGUAGCUGUCAAUCAUUCAUCUACGGAGGCUGCAAAGGAAACAAGAACAACUACGACAGCAAGGAGAGCUGCAUGGCUGCAUGUACAGUCUCAGUGCUUCCCUCCUCCAAGAAAUCUGGUGUUGAAGAUUCUACAGAACACAAAGGCCGCUGUGUGGGGGCCCCUGACUCCGGGCCCUGUCGUGCUGCCUUCACCAUGUUCUACUACGAUGCGAGCACCUCCACCUGUCAGACGUUCAUCUACGGAGGCUGUCGAGGCAACAACAACCGUUACAGCAGCGUGGAGGAGUGCAUGGCGAGCUGUGGACCUCCAACCGGUUCCAUUGAUCUUCGAUUUGAAAGAUCUGAAGGUGUCUUCCUCUUUGUAGCCCUGGGGACCGUCUCUGCUCUGAUGCUGCUAGUGCUCAUCAUCAUAGUGCUGAGACGCCGCGGUCGGUCCCGCCGUCUGUCCUCCAUCAGUGAUAAAGAGGAGCUGCUUCCUGAGCCAGAUGAGCAAACCUCUGUGGAGUCUCUGAGCGUCCCCGACAACCCCAAACCAGACAAGGCCUGAGGAGACCCUGAUCCACCAGAGACCACCGAGGGGUCUGUGUGGAACUCCACCUCAGAACUGAUUGAUAAUGAUGUUCUUCCUGCGAUCAAUAUUGACUCCAUGCAAAGAUAUGCAUGAUCUCAGGAUCAACAUGCGAUUCAGUGCUGUGGUGUUUGUUUUAACUAUGAUAGAGUUAGUCAUCAUCAUCAUCAUCAUCAUCCUCAUCCUCUCUGUGGGUUGAAGGAAACCAUUUGUUACUCCUUUAAAUUAACGUAAUUAACUUUAUCUUUAUAGACUGUCUCUGGAACGAACCUGAUCAUUCAGCUUUUAUUGAUCAAUCAAUUAUCGAACAUUUACUGAACUCGACUUCUGUUGAGUGAUUCCUCUCUCACACAUUUAGCAGCUGCUUAGCUUAGCUUAGCAUAAAGACUGAGGGACUAAAGUACAUCAACAGAUAUGAUUUAUAUCAUAUAUAUUGUGUGACAUGAAUGUUAAUUUAUGAGGUUUCUUAAUUAGAAGUGUGACUGUCUGACGUAUUUUAGAGUUAGAGGAUUUUGUAUAAAUUAACUUUUUUUAAAGGUCCAGUGUUUGUGUAGGAUUCAGUGCCAUCUAGUGGUGAAGCUGCACACUACAACAGACUAAGCUAAACUAAGCUAAGCUAAGCUAAACUAACCGGCUGUUGGAGAAGAGUCGGUCUGAACAUCAGCAGAAGAAAGAGUUGAGUAAAUGUUGCGUUGUGCAUUUAAUGAAGUGUCCAGGUUAAUGUUGGAAAGAUGAUGAUGUCACAGGUGUAGGUCUGUAGUAACGUUUCAUAAUCAUUUUAAAGUUCAUGUGUUUGUUUUAUUAUUUUUCAGGUUUUAUUGACUCAUUUUAUGAAACUGCUGAUUAUAUAUUAAGUUUAGAAACAGAAACUGAAUUAAAUCACUUUAAAUCAUCUGAAGUCUUAAAACUGGAAAUCUUUUUUUUUUAAUAUUUUCUUUUUCUACUUCGACCACAUCAACAACCUGAAGGCGUCACACUGACAUCAGUUUAUAUUUGAUGGAUGAAACAGUUGAAUGUGUUUUUAUGAGCACGAUGUUGUGAAGUGUCCGUUUGCCGUCUUCGAUACAGUUUCAUAUUCAGCCAAUGAGGAGAGAUGAUCUUCCUGUCGAUCCUGUGAUCAAUGAAAACAUGUUGACCUGCAGUUUGUUUUGUCUCCAUUUUAAGUUAUUGAUUAUCAAAUCAAAAACAGAAUUAACAGUUUAGAAGCAGCAGAGCGGUCUUCAUUUCCCACAAUCCACCACUGUGAGUGAGCGCCCCCUGCAGUCACAUGAACAGUCUGCACCAACUGAUCAAUAAUUCUCUUAUUUUACUUUAAAGAAAAAUAGAAAUCAAAAGUUGAUUUUAAUUUGGUCAGAAAGAAUAACAUAAAAAACAAACUGCAGAUUAUUGAUCAGUUAUUGAUCUGUUACAUCAUGAAAACUGAAGAGCUGAAAUAUGAUCAAUCAAUAAGUGAAACUAAUUUGUUAAUGAUGUGUUUGAUGAAGUUUUUUUUUAUUCUUGCCUGUCAACACUCAAUAAAACUUUAUUAACACUUUA